CAACAAAACUUGGGGCAAAGCUAUCUCCGAGGUUUCAAGAAGUAGGCACGCAUUAUAUAUAGAUAGGUAAACCCUCUGAACCAAAACCUUGGACGACCAUGGAAGAUUCCACAACCUCUCAGAUCAUGUCUCACCUCACAGACUCUCUCAUUGCUCAACUCACUCAACUUCACCCUUCCCUCUCCAUCAACCCUCACCACGCUUCUCUCAUUCAACGUCGCCUCCAAAACCUUUUACCUACGCUCCACACUCCCACCCACCCUCCUUACGCUUUGAUGAUACGCAAUGCGAUAAUAGGGUUGAAGGAGGAAGAGGGUUCUACGGAGGAGGCCAUAUCGGGGUUCAUUAGAAGGGAGUACAACGACUUGCCGUGGGCCCAUGCCAAGAUUCUCGGUAUGCAAUUGGAGAAGCUUUGCCAGAUUGGAGAGAUCGCAUGUGCGGAGGGUGGGAGAUUCGCGCUCGUUGAUGAAGAGGACGACGAGACCAAAGAACAAUGUGAGAGUAGGGGGAAGAGGAAGAGGGUCAAUAGGAGAAGGAAUGUUGGUGAUGGAGACAGCUUUGAAGAAGGAGAAUCUCAAGAGGGUCAGCCUCAAGUGGUGGGACAACAAUGUCAGGACUCCAUGCUGCAUUUGGAAACAAAUUGUUCCUCCCAGCCAACAGCGAUGAAGUGCCUACCGGCAGCAGGAUCAGGAUUAUCACCUGCACAAUUCCAAAUGCAAGUGCCAUGUAAUGGGCCUUCAGAAAAUAGCUUGGAUGCAGCAGUCAAAAUGUCAGGAUCAUUGUCUUUGAACGUUCAAGAAAGUAAGCAAGAUGAGGACCUGAUGACUAGGCAUCCUGAUCAACAAUGGAGAGGGAGGUGGCCUCGUAAGUGUAAGCAAAAUGCAGACCAUCAAGAGGAGUCAUUGUUGCUCUCAGAUGAUGUUACUGUUAUUGAUCAAGAGCCAAAUGAAAAGGAAAUUGAUGAACAGUGUCUGUCACAAUCCCAAGGUAUGAGUAGGGGAAGGGGUCAUAAGCUACUCAGAAAUGCAAACGGCAUCAAUAAGAAGAUACAUCCAGAGGAUGAAGCUGAAGAUAUGGUUUGCUCUUCUUAUUCAAAGGAUAAAGAAACAAGUUCUUCAUUCCAGCCAGCAACACCUAAUUCUCCUGUUAAUCCAACUCACAAUUCUGGGCAGCAAUUGGUGGUUCCAACUUCAGAAGGGUCUCCGGAGUGCAUAAUAUCUACUGGAAUAAAAUUACCAUCAACACAGUUGCAACAGCAAAUUACUUCAGGUAUUGAUUUGGUUACAGUGUCCAAAAGAAAAGCUUCAUUAAAUUGUGAGAGUAUUCAUGAUGAGCAGCCCCUGCAUUGCAAUCAAGGAAGUCCUAAAAGAAAUCUAGAUGAGAACCCCAUGUCCAGGGAUUCUGAGGAGAGGCCACUAAAACGUCCCAGAGGAAGGCCUCCUAAGUUAGACACUGGAUCAAAUCACCCAGGAGAGUCAUUGUUGCCUUCAGAUGAUGACAUUCAUAAUGAGCAGAGGCAACAUCAGAAUGGCAGGGGUAGAGGUCGGACGAGUCGUGGUCGUGGUCUUGGUAGAGGUAGAGGUAGAUGUCUGGGUAGACCUCCUAAACUAAAUCAAAUUACUGAACAAUGUGAGGAGCAGUUACAACGAGGAUAUCAAGAUAAACAGCAUGGUCGUAGAGGCCGGGGAAGACCUCCUAAACUGAAUGGAAAUCUAAUCCAAUAUAAGGAGUCACAACAAGAAGAUCAAACUCGGAAGCAUAGUCGAGGUAGAGGUCGGGGGAGACCUUCUAAAUUAAAUGGAAAUCCAGUUCAAUAUCAGGAGCAGUCACAACAAGAAGAUGAAGGUCAGCAGCAUGGUAGAGGUAGAGGUCAGGGGAGACCUUCUAAUCUGCAUUAUUUUCGAGGUAGAAGCCGCGGGAGACCUCCUAAGCUAAAUCAAAAUACAAGUGAAGAGCAGUUGCAACCACAAGACCAAGCUCAAGGUCUGAUGAACUCUCCAUGUUCGGGGAGGAAUGAUAACCAAAGUUUGCAUGUACAAAGACGGGGGAGGCAUCAUAAAUCAGAGUCAGGAGAACCAAGAUUGGGAUCAGAGUCAAGAUGUGGGUCAGGAGAGGUUUCACAAUCUAAGGCUGGAGCAAACAGGGCAAAUUGGGUGCUAAAGCCAUUACCAAAUAGACUAACUCAGAAAAAGAAUGAAGUCAUCGGCAACUUCAAUCGCACGCAUGUCAAUGUUAGGACAGGGUUUCAAAACUAAAUUGAAGUUCUAUUUCAGUUUGCAGGUUUAUGGAAGCAUAGAAAAAACAAAAAUAACUUUAAAGCACUUAUAACUGCUGCCGAGUCUGUCUAGAAAAGUUACUCUAACUUUAUAAGUAGGUAUGUUAGCAAGUUUGAUUGGAUUCUUAUUGUUCAAUGCGUCUUUUCUCUUAGCAUUGAUAGUGGAACAAUAUUUUGUUUUUAAAAACAUUAUGUCUUUACAUUAUUUUUCUGGUAAUUAAUUCACGUUUUUAGUAUUGCUGGGAGGAGUUCCAUCAGCUUUUAUCAUAUUAUAUCAUUCUGGGACCCGGCUUAUUAACCUGAGUCUUUGACAUCCAUCAUUGAAAUUCAGUUAACUCCUUAUUUUUCAACGAGAAACAAUAAAUCUGCUGAGGAUUUCUGUUGACCAAAAUUUUAGGUACUUAUGAUCUAUAGCUGGCAUGGAGUAGCACAAGAUGGUGCGUUGUGUGUUGAAAGCAAGAUAACUAUAGAGUUUUUGUUUCUCUGUAAAAAUAAAAUAAAUGAAGCUGGUCGUAUACUUGUU